AUGUUGAGAUGCACGGUCGUCUUCUGCCUGUUGACGGUCAUGUCACACAUGAAUGUACUGAACAUACGAGUCGCAGAGCAGACAGAGAACGCGCUGGCGAAGCUGGUGAAAAUGUUCUCCAAGCCGGGCGCGUUCAAGCAAAUCGACACGAUACUUGGCGAGAAUACUAUUGAGGCGUCGUACACGAGCUGUCCCAUGGGCGAGGAGGGUCUAGAGUGCCGAAGGGCCGAGGCUCGCCGAUCGGUCGACUGUCCAAGAGGAGACUGCUUCUGUUAUGAUUGCGCAGCUGCCGGUCCCGAUUUAUGGGCCUCUUGCUGCCGCGAAAGCUUGAGAUGUUGCUCCCAUCUUGCUGCUGCCUGCAGGACGUGCGAUCAUCCGACACUGUAUCCUUUCUGCGCGAAACACUUUAAGAAAUGCUUGACCCAGUACAACGAGAAGAGGCAGAAUUAGCGAUCGUAUCAACAUUUCCGGCGAUGUCUCAACUGUGAUACAUAGUUGGUUUACCCGUUGGACCAUCUUAUCAAUGAUCUUACAAUACAAAAUUUUCGACUUGUCCUCUUCGCGAUCAUCAAAUUGUCAAAGUGCGAUCGUAAUCAAUCUAACCGAAUGCCACACCGGUAUUAUAAAGGACAUUUAACUCCGAAUAGUAUCACACAGAUUGCGUAACCAAAGUUUAAACGCCAUGUUUCUAAAUAUAGCAUUUAACUCUAAAGUUGUUAGACUCGUUAGUUCCACCCGAUCAGUUUGCGAUCAACGCGAUUUCACGCA